AUGACGAAGUCAUGGGCGUACCUGAGCUUGAAAGCUGUCUUCCAAUACAUGGAUGUUAAUAAGCGACUUGAGCUCAAUUUCCAUUGUCCAGCACUUCGGUCAGCCGAAAGCUCAGUGCCAUUGAAACUGAAAUCUCUGACUCUCAAUAAAAGAAAAAUUGUAGCCAACGCUGUCUGCUACAAGGUGGAAUCAAAAUCACUAAGAAUCAAAACAAUUUUGGACGGCAGAAAACAUGUUCGCGUGGAAAUUUUGAAAGUUCACAAUUCAAGUGUGAUCCCAGACAGACUGAAAAUCAGUCCAAGGAACUUGGACUCUGGAAACUUAGACUUUGAAAGGGUCCUUCCUUUCAUCAACAGAUCUAGCUUCCCGUUGAGAGAACUGCGAGUGAACAUUGCUAAAACUCCAAAUCUCAAAGAGUAUUUGGGAUUCACUCAGACAUUGAUACUUUUCCUAUCUAAUUUUGAUCAGGAAAAGGAAUAUUUGGUUCGAAGCAUUUUGUACGACCGCAAGAGCCCCAAUAUAGUACUAGAAUACAUUAGAUUGUCAACUAAUGAUACGGUUGCUCUCAUCCAAAAUUGGAUAAAUAACCAGAAACAAAUCGGAACCGUCUUGACAAUGCAGCCUGGAUUCCGGAUUCUACCAAUAGGUUUUCCUAAUUUUGACGAAUUUCCUAAUGUCUUCGAACUACUAGAAGUUUUGAAUGGAAGGAUUUCUAAUUUCAGCGAUUCCGUUUUACAAAACAAUAUGGCUCGUCGUUGCGUUUCAUUCCCGUUAAAUCGGACGUCCGAGCUGGUUUUGUACAGUGUAAGAGAUGGACCAAUGGAAUAG